AUGAUGUCAGAUAGUCAAAUAUCUGAACGUUUGCGAGAUUUAGGUUGGAAUCCUCCUGUCAUCAACGAAACUAAUCGUAUGUAUGGUUUGGCCGUAAUCUAUAAUAAUCAAAUGGAUCAAUCUAUGGGCGAAGAUGAACUUCAAAUGGAUUCUCAACAGAUACUAGGACACUCAUUAUACAAUGUCGAACGACAUAGUGUGCAUUCGCAAGAUAUUGAAGAUGCUGAACUUGCUCGACUAAGCGAAAUAUUUGAAAGAGAAUAUUAUGGAUAUGUUGCUGAUACAAAACUGAUCGAAGCAAUGGAUAGCCUUUUAAUAAUAUCCGAAACCAAUAAACCCAAUGAAAAUGAUGAUUUUUCACAUCUAUCCAUUCAAAUUUUAGAUCCAUUACACGCUUCCAACGCUGAUCAUACACAAACUUCGAAGAUCUGGACAGCGAUGAAUACUAUUAAUCUCAAAAUCAAUUAA